ACCGGGCGGGGAGAGGCCGAGGGCUGGUUCCGCUCCUUCCAGGGCAGAUGCUGCGGGCGGCGGCAGUGGCGGCAGCGCUGCUUCCGCUGCGUCCGGGGGAAAGAUGAAUUAUAUGCCGGGGACGGCCAGCCUCAUCCAGGACAUCGACAAGAAACACUUGGUUCUUCUACGAGAUGGCAGGACACUAAUUGGAUAUUUGCGCAGCAUUGAUCAGUUUGCAAAUUUGGUGUUGCACCAGACAGUGGAGCGCAUUCAUGUAGGCAAGAAAUACGGCGACAUCCCUCGUGGCAUCUUUGUGGUGAGAGGUGAAAACGUCGUACUCCUGGGGGAAAUUGACCUGGAAAAAGAAAGCGACACUCCUUUGCAGCAAGUGUCUAUUGAGGAGAUCCUGGAAGUGCAACGGGUCGAGCAGCAAGCCAAGCAGGAGUCGGAGAAGCUAAAAGUGCAAGCGCUGAAGGAGCGGGGCCUCGCCAUCCCACGGGCCGAUACUCUCGACGAAUACUAGGCGUUCAGCCCCGAUGUUUGCGAGCUGCCUCCAAGCACUGGUCAAAUUGAAGAGGUCAUGUGUUUAGGGCCUCUUGUGAUGGACAGCUUCUUUAUUUGGGGGUGAUGCUCCCCCCCCCGACACACACACACACUAAGUGCAGAGCACAAUUUAAUCAUGAUGUAUUGUUUCCUCUUCACAAAAUCAUUGUUCCUGAAAACAAGAAACUGCCAGCCUUCUCACGUCGUCCAGCGUGAUGGAGCAGCUGUUAAGUGUGCUGGCUUGGGACAAAAUUUCUUUCGUGUUUUUUCUUCUUCUUUCUGUUACGUGGCUUUGGGAAUAGGAAGCUGUGGCAAUAACCUUCCUGCCCCAAUAUGUAAAUAAAAGCUGACUCCGAACAUGGGUGUUGCUGAA